AUGACUGAACACGAUGCCAUCAGGACAUACGAUGCCAGCCCCAUAUCCAUGCCGGAAGAUGAGCACAAGCGAGGACUCCUGCAAGAAUGGAAGGACCAUCUCGAUGAGAGACCGGGCGUGACUGGCAAGGCAUGGAGCAUGUGCAGCGCGGCAGUCUUCAUUAGUGCCAUCAUCACCUUUCUGGCAGCACUUGUGGUGGUCGGGUCUGCCAUGCUGGGGCUUGGGUCACAGUCGCAAGACGUGAUGGCCUCUUCGAAUGCCGUUCUGAAUAACGAUUAUGUUCUGGACCCAGCAUGGAACUUUGACGCUGCACCAAAGCGGAGAGUCUUCAAAUGGACGAUCAAAGACCAGGAACAUAACCCAGACGGGAUUUACAGGCCCAUGAUACUCGUCAACAACCAGUACCCAGGACCUUUGAUCGAAGUAAACGAAGGCGACACCGUGGUUGUUGAGGUAGACAACCAAGCAACGAACGCUACAUCGAUCCAUUGGCAUGGCCUUUAUCAACAACCGACUCCAUACUUCGAUGGCACGGUUGGAGUGACACAAUGCCGUUCCUUUACGUAUGAGUUCAAGGUCGUCGGCCAAAGUGGGACAUACUGGUGGCACGCUCACCAAGGACUCCAAUCGUCAGACGGUGUUCACGGUCCGCUUAUUGUACACAGUAGGCACGAAAAGGCGCUGCAACGAAUGUCUUACGACACGGACAGAGUCAUCUUGAUCUCUGACCACUACCAUGACUUGUCAUCAGCGCUCCUAUGGCAGUACUUACAGCCCGAUGCUGAGAACGCUGAGCCUGUGCCUCUAUCAGGGCUCAUCAAUGGCCGCUCGAUCCGCAACUGCGACGACUUUCCCGAACGACGAUGUGAUAACACAACCUCCGGAGUGGGAAUUCCACCGAUCACACUACAGUCUGGGAAAAGUCACAGGUCACGGCUCAUUAAUGUCGGCGCAUUUGCGGAGUUCCAAUUCCAGGUCGACGAACAUGAGCUAGCCGUGGCAGAAGUCGAUGGAACAGAUGUUGAGCCUGCUGCUUUUCAUCGCAUCAGUAUCAACCCGGCCCAAAGAUACAGUGUGGUGCUUCAUUCGAACGUCAGCGGAGGUGAGAGCUUCUGGAUGCGUGCUCGAAUGAUAACGAGCUGCUUCACCGACCCUCCACAUAAUAUGAACCCGGAUGCACUUGCCAUGGUACAGUACGACAGCACAUCGGAGCUCCAGCCCACAACGAAAGACUGGGAGGAGCAGCUGGGCCAGCAGUGUAACGAUAUGAACGCCUCCAAGCUGGUACCGGCAGAUGUCAUCCCUCCGCCCCAGGACGCUGAUGCUUUUUUCUACCUCCGCUCCAAGUUCGAGAUCGGUUCAUGGCGACUGAGUCGCGGGUUCUUCAACGGCAGUUCUUUCAGGCCAAACCCGAGCUCUCCAGUCCUGCACCGAGCUGUAAAUGGUCUGACGACAGCCAACAGCAGCUUCCAUUCCGCCAACGAUGAGAUUAUCGCCUUCGUGAACAGUGCAGCCUUUGACACGUCUCAUGAGCUGGUAGUUCAGACCACGGGCAUCCAGACGAUUGACUUUCUGAUAUCGAACUUUGAUGACGGUAAUCACCCACUUCAUUUGCAUGGGUACAAGUACUGGGUUCUAUCGCAAGGCCAUGGAUAUCCUCCGCUGACGCAGGUCGGGGCAGAGAUUACCAAGGAGAAUUUGAUGCCGUUGUAUGAGAGCCUGGACCUCUCCAAUCCGCUUCGGAGAGACACAGCUUCUGUAGAGGCAUUCGGCUGGAUAUUGAUUCGCUUGGUGGCUAGUAACCCCGGUGCCUGGGCUUUCCACUGCCACAUUUCGUGGCAUUCCGAAGCGGGUUUGGCGAUGCAACUGCUCACGAGAGCUGACGCACUGGCUCAUGUCCAGGUUCCCACUGCAAAUCUGGAACUCUGUGCAGCCUCUGAUCUAGCAAAGGGAAUGGGGCCGAAAGACGAAGACUAUCGAGAUCUGGCGAAGUGA